AUGACAAAUUUACUCGACAUCAACGAGCAUCUAGUAUUUUAUCGCAAAUACCACUUCAACCAUAAGAAUGUGGCCAUCCAUUUGUUAUGUAUACCACUCAUCCUCUUGUCUUUAAUUUCGUUCUCAAGCACUAAGGCCGUCAGUGAGAGUUUUCCUCACAUCACUAUUGGAUCAAUUGUGGCGUGGACAUAUGGCCUUUAUUAUAUUGCUUUGGACUGGCAAUUGGGAAUUCCAACCUUUGCUUUCCUCACAACUUAUGCCCAUGUUGUGAGAAAUGUGUAUCUUCACUUGAGUGACACCACACCCAUUUCGAAAACCAAAUUCGUGCAAUUGGCUGUUGGUGUUCAUGUUGUGUGUUGGUUGGCUCAAUUCUAUGGUCAUGCCGUGCACGAGAAAAGAGCACCUGCUCUAUUCGACAACCUUUUGCAGGCUUUAGUGCUUGCGCCCUUCUUCGUGGUUUAUGAAAUCGCCUUCUGGUUAGGAUUCAAGUUAGAUACGAAGAAAAACAUGGACAACAAGGCUGGAAAACUUGUCUUGGAGAUGAAUAAAGCUGCCAAACAGAAAGCCAACUAG